AUGACUUUCUCGUCGACUGUUCAGCUUCAAAUUUUUGGAGACCAUUUGCUUGACAAGAAAGUCGAGAGUCCAGAAAAGAAUGACAACAACAAUUCAGAGCCGCAAUGUACCAGUGACGGAAAAUGGGCAAGCUUAAAGCGGGAGGAUUCCUCACUUUUGAGCACUCAAAACACUGCCGAUACGACAAAUACGGUAACUAUGGUCAGUUGUGCAACUUCUGCUCAUUCGGAUUGGCAUGCGAUCGCGUCAAACUCUUUCGAUGAGACGUAUCUGGAAAGCGGUUACGGGAGUGGUACUGGAGGCAUGUCAAUAUCCUCUUCGAGCUCUUCCUUGGGCCACUUAAAUGAGCCAAUGAAUAAACUUGCAUUGGAAAACGAAGAGCAUGAUAUGCCAGUUAUUUCCAUGCCAUAUCCUGGUUCGAGCUGGUAUAUGGGCAAUAAAAGCGAAAAUGGUUUUAGUUUGCCUUCACUUGGUGGACUUACGCUUCGCUCUCAAGGAUCGAAUGUAAUGACGAAUGAGAAUGUUGCUUCAACCUGCUCGCCUUGUAUCCGUUCGAACAGUUUGGAUUAUUCAUUUACGACAGGACACGUGCCAAAUGAUGGGCCUUGUUCUGGAGUUUCUCUUUCUUUAGAACCAUUAACCCCAGGCAUGAGUCAAACAUUGGAGCCUGCAGAGUUACUAUUCGAGGACAUGAACCCGUGGUCAAACCAUGUUUCAGACUCGUACGAGAAUCAGCACUAUUCUCAGCCACCUCAGCCUGUUUAUAACGUAACGCCGUAUCCAAGCACAUUGAAUGGCUAUCUUUAUUUUGACGGUAUUACGAACAAUAACAAUACGACAGCAACGUGUCUUUAUGACUAUGCACCUCCAUUUCAGCAUCAUCAAUUGCCUUCUUCUAAUUGUGCAAGUCCUCUAAUGUAUCGGAUGAUCCAGCCACAAGACGUUUAUCCGACAGAAACGUGGAGCUCGAAUCAAGUUCCACCAUUUUAUUCGACGCCUUCAACCGCGACUACAACACCUGUUGAGUUACUUCCACAACAAUAUAAUGGAUGUGACCAAUACGUUUCGGCUGGGCCAAUGAAAAGGAUGUUAAGGUCUUCAACACUUCACCAACGGCAAAUGGACCAUCCCUCAAAUGAUGAUAAAGGUUUAGUAAAUUCAAAUACUUUAUCAACUACGAAUACGACGACUUCAAACCAAAGUUCAAAGAUUCAACUUCUUACUGCAUUAAGCGAUUGUUAUUGGAAAAAUGGCCGCAAGAACUUGCAGUGUUUCCCGUCGUGUCCCGAGCAUCAUGAUUUCUACUCGAUGAAAAUGAAUAAUCGCAAACAUUCCAGUGUCGGCGUUUGUCGUGGACCCGUUUACUGUCACGCUUUCACAGAUGCUGCAGACUUUCUACCUGCAGCGUCUACACAACAUAUGAAGCAGGAGAAUGGAUUGGGGUUGUCUAAAAGGAAUAAUGCAAGAGAGCUCUUUGUUCUUGGGCGAUUCGAGCGCGUUCCACAACAAGACACGACAAACUUGUUGGAAGAGCUCAAUCCACCUCCAACUUUUUCAAAUGCAGCGGUUUUUGAACCUUUUCGUUUUACGUGUUUUCAAGCAGUUGAAAUGGAAGAACGACGCAUUUUAUUGCCUCAAGAGAUAGAUGACACUUCCAAAGCUACUUCUACUAUCUUAACAGAUUCAAAAAGGCAAUUUCUUCGAAGUACAUGGUUCUUUUUACCAGAUGUGUGGAAAGUGCAACCAAUGUUAAAGAAGAAACGCAAAGCUACACGUUCAGCUCCAGCUCAAACAUUUCCAUUUUGUUUUCGUAUUUUCAUCUACACACGCGACCUCAAUGGACCAGGAUACUCGUGUAUCGCUGAUACAGCUUCAAGUUUUUUUGAACUUUAUUCGACACGAACAGUAGAUCGAGUCAAGCGCAAGUACUGGAGCAGUGACAGUAUGUCAGAUCAACGUCCAGCGAAACAACGUGGAUUCUGA